UCAAUUACAAUCAGCUUCCGGGAGCAAUACUUCAUUCACAUACAUAAUAAGCUGUUCAUUUUUGCACAAAUUGGUUACGGCUUUGAAGGCAAGCUCCUCCGACUCCGGAUCGAAGCCAUUAAGCCGGAUCACCGUAGAUAUUCGCUGGUAACCAUGCCAUCGAUGAGCCAUCCAAAAUAUAGUCUUCUAUUGAAACAGUUUUAUGAGAUAUUUAAGUCCCCUCAGAGCUGUGGAUUUAACUUCAGUGAAUAUGCCUCAAUAACGAAUUACGAUGACAAAUUGUGGUUGCCAUGUGAGGAUAAUGAUACGUUGGACUGGAUUGCCACAAGUGUCCGCACUAUGAACCUCUAUAAAUGUUUAAGUUUUAUUAAGUAUUACACACUGUUGAGAUGCAGUAUGGUGCUGCCGCAAGUUGUUUAAGGAGACGAAUAUUUUUCAUCUGGCCUUGGCACAAAUAAGUGGUGCUUAUUGGUAUUUUUGAGUACUCUCAGAGCUGUGGUCGUAUAAACUUCAGUUCCCUGUUAAAAGGGUUGCCACUAAGGGUAAAUGGCUUAAAGCAGCGUAAAGUGUUGGAAACGUGAACUAAAAACUAAAAAUACUUUAACGGAAUUCAAAUGUGCUGUAAACAAACAAGUUGUUAGCAAAUUGAUAAUUGAAUGUAAUAAAUUAAAACGAUGGCAGUGGCAGGUGGCAGCCUCUGCGCCUGCAGCAACAGCAAAGGAGCUAAAAGCCUGGGCAGAAAUCCAAAUAGGCAAUGACAUAACUAACAUUGAGGCGGUGCGGGCGAUACUCAAAUAACCCUUCGAGCUUAACGUGAUUACCAAUUGGAAUCAUCAGGAGCCAAUUUUCGACUACAUCUUCAGCAAAAUGGGAUUUGAUAGAGAAGAGACUAUUGCGCAUCCGAUUGUUCUAACAGAAGCCUUAGCCAAUCCAAAUGAACGAACUGCUCUUCGAGUACUACGGAGUGCCUUCCAUUUCCAGUCGCAUCGAGAAACUGGUGGUUGACCAUUGUCACAUUGCACUGGAAUACAAGGAAUAGCUGCUCAAAUGGGCUCAAUUGCUUGAUUGCUACGAGGCCAACAUAAUGAAAGUACAACUGCCUUACAACCAAGUGACGGCGACCAAUGCUCUAAUCACCGGUGAGCAAAGGCAGGACUGGCCUGACGAGCUGGCGCUGCAGCUGCUGGACAUUAAAAAUCGUCCCAAGCGUGAGAAGCUGCAAGAGGAUGAAGAAUACUUCCAGGUACUGCGCGAGGAGUUGCUGCAACUCAAGCAGGCUCGUCAGCAACAGCGUCAGGAGCAGGCCAAGCGGUACACGCACGCAGCCCAGGAGCGUAUGCGCAUCAUCUCAACGCAUUGCCAACGGCGACUGUGGCUUCGAUGAUGCCAACAAUGCGGCCAAGCAGGCGCUCAUUGCUGCCGAGAACUACCAGCUGCACUUUGGCGUGGAGGCCAUGGCGUGCCUGACUGCGCGAAAGCUGUACCAGGAGUAUGGCGGCGAAUACUUCAGGGAGCACAGUGCGAGCAAUCUCUAUUAUCCUACACCUAAAGAUAAGACUUUAUUGUAACGAAUUUCAAAUAUUACUUCGUUACCAAAUAACAGAUUCCAAGACUUGGGUAGGAUCAGUUUGAAGCCGCCGUCGCGUAACUGCAGAAAAUCUUCACACAACUCGUUCAGCAGGCGCACAAUCUGUGAGGUGUCUGUCGAGUUGUCGCCCUCGAUGAGCCUGACCGGUACCUGCUUCUCCUCGAAAGCAUUAAAUAGCUGCAGCGCAUUACCGCCGCCAAAGAUGUGCUCGCCCGUGUGCUCCUUCCGCUUUACAAGCGACGCAUUGCCCAGCUGGGUGGCGUGGGCUGCUUUAAAGUUGUCAUUGGCGCGAUAGGCCCAAGCCUACUCCUCGAUAACACGUCGCUCAAAGCCAAAGCUGCCACUGAGAAGAAUCACACGGCGAGCACAGUGCCAAGUAGUUUCUCGUUAAGGUACUCAUACGGUCUCUCGGAGAUCACGCUUGGGAAUAGAUUCGGCAUAGCGGUUAAUAUCUCCAACAUGUAGUCGUCCAACACAUCAUAACAAUACAUCUGCAGACGAUUAGGCAUUGGGAAUAAGCUUAAUUAAUUAACAGGCUAAAAGUGUGUGCCUUACAAAAUAAUCGAAAUUAUCCUGACGAUAGCAACGAAAACUUUCCACAUCAUCAGAGUUCCACUUGUCAAUGGAGCACCAUGCAGCAUAUACCAAAAAGGCAUGCCCAUGGAGCUGCAUGAUUCCUCCACAGGAUAUAUUCGCGGCUUAUCUGUGAUUCUGAUUUUUAAAGUAAAGUUAAAAAUGUUAUUUAUUGUAUUAAAGACACAUUUCGAAAUAUAUGAUAUUUGUAAUAAUUUUUAUUAGGUAUGUAUUUGUAGUUAAUAAAUCAUAAAUAUAUAAUAAUGAAUAUUGAUUUUUAAGAGUUAUUACCGAUAUUUUUUAAAUAUGUAUUUUUAUAUAGUAUUUUGAGGACAUCAACUACAGCAAGUUUGUAAUUCGAAUAGGCAUUUGUAAUUUGUGGUUUUCUGUUAUUAUUUUUAAUUUUUAAUUUUCGUUUUCGUUUCGUUUUGUUUUUGUUUUAGUUUUAUUUUUGAGACACUUGGUAAACAAUUUGUUACAUUCGAUCUCUUACUGUGCUUUGCUCUUUUUUUAACAACAUUUCGAUCGAUUUAUAAAUUUGAGUUUAUUUGUAAUAAUAUUCGAUCUUAUAAUACUAUCAUAUUAUAAGUAUUUUUAGAUAAUUUAAGAAAACAUGUUAAAUACUAGAAAAUUUGUAAUAAUCAUUUUAUUCCUGUUCCUUUUGGAUUAAUUGAACAUGCAUA